AUGUCCGAACCCGCCCGAGACGAGGCCCUCAAUGGCGGCUCGCCGACCACAAGCACGGAGCAGUCCUUCGUGCCGGCUAAGGAGUCGCCGGCCUCUAAGAGACGAAAGCUGCCCGGAUGGCUGGAUCAUUUCAAUGCACGCGACCUUAAAGUGUAUUUCCGAUGCUCGGUCGCCGCAUGGGUCGCAUCGCUGUUGAUCUUCAUCGGCCCGUCGCUGCGCACAAUCGGGACGGCCACCUUCUUUGCGACGCUGGUGCUGUUCAUGGUGCCUCCGACAGGUAUCGUCUUUAUCUUCUUCCUCGGAAUGCUGACCCUUAUCUUUGGGAUGGCCUUGGGCUGGGCCUGGGGUGUCAUUGCCAUGAAGGCAGCCCUGGCAGCCCGACCUGCGGCAGACACCCAGGCCAAACUCCAGGCACUAGGCCAGCGAGCCUACAGUAUCUCGAAUUCCACGGGUCAGUCCCUUGCGACCGUUGAACAAGUGCUCGUCUACGAGGGCUUUAUGCUGGAUGCUCGUGUAACGGCUGUUUACUUUUGUCUCAUUUGCUUUUUGAUCUAUUUACUCGCUCGCGUACGGGCUAAGAAUCCCAAAUUCGCCUUGAUGCAGAUUUUCGGCACCAUCAUCCUGGACCUCUUCUUGACCAUCGGACCGCUGCUUCCAUCUUUCAAUGGAACCAUGCCCAAGGUGUUGAUCGAGCCGGCAGCGAUCGGAAUAGGUAUUGGGCUGGCUUGCCAGAUCUUGUUCUUUCCGACAUCGACGUCGCACGUCGUGCUCGACGGCAUGGAAGGAGUGGUGCGACUACUUAAGGGCCCCUUGGACGCGACAGUGGCGAGUUUGAUCGCGAAUGAGCCCCUGGAACUAAAGGACCUCAACAAAUUGAAACUCAAAACGAUCGGCGCCUACAAGAAAAUUGAACCGGCGCUUGGCUUUUUACAGUUGGACUUUUCAAUUUGUCGGUGGAAUGCAGACGACGUCAAAAGCCUGAAGGAACCCAUUCGCCAAGCUUCGCUCAGUACCUUGUCCCUGCUUGAUUUCCACAUUUCCCGUGUCGGAGGACAACAGAAACUCGAAAAAUUACACGCUCUCACUGCAAGUAGUGAACAGAUUUUGACCGCGGAAAUCGACGAAAAGAAGCGCCCUCGAGAGGUCGGUAUGCGCCAACUGAUGGAGAGUGUGCGCAUGAUUGAAGCUUUGAAAAGCCCCGAACACGAUACUACUCGAUUAGAAACGAUAGAAGCCCUUCGAGAGCCCUGCAAGAAAAUCCUGCCAGCCUGCCAGGACGCGAGCAUACUUGUCGCUGACUGUAUUCAUGCUAUCAAUUCGACUCGCUGGUUUGGUCGUUCAUCGAAGGAACAGCUGACUGAGCUUGGUGAACGUAGCCAGACUGCCUUGGAGACGCUCCAAGGUCUGCGGGCUACAUUUGCCUCGGAAACAACUGAGCGACUGAUUCAUGUCAAUGAACACAUUUUUGACGAGUCCGGCAAAUUGAAGGAUAUCGACGACUCUACAAUGCACAAGCUGCGCGGGAUUACAUUCGGCAUGGUUUUUGAGGAACAGGUACUGGGUGUCGCAGACUCCUGGAAAACAGUUCUUGCUCAAGUUGCCGCCCUUAUGAAAGAACGCCAGUCGGUCCGACUUUGGUUUCCUCGCGGACUGCGGUAUGCAUUCGAUUGGGUGCUCCACAGGAGUGCUGUCGCGCCUGUCAUUGCAGCUCAGUCUCCUGAAGUUGAUCCAGACAUGGUGGAGGCACAGUCUAAGGCAGCACAACAGAGUCUUCGCAUCAGUCGGGGAUAUCGAGUCAAAAAGCGCAGCGGCCUGGGACGGAUUCUUCUUGCCUCUUACCAUUCGCUUAUUAGCGCCGGGGGCAUGUAUGCCUUGCGUUUGGUAAUUGUGACCGUCGCUCUGGCCAUUCCUGCAGUUAUUCCUUCUAGCGCUGGCUUUUAUUAUCGAGAGAAGGGACUGUGGGCUUUGAUAAUGGGCCAAACCACAAUAGUGGUAUACAUGUCGGAUUUUACACUCUCGAUUGUCUCCCGCGCCGUGGGAACAGUUGUUGGCGGUGUUGCUGGCUUGGUCGCCUGGUAUAUUGGAUCAGGUAAUGGACCUGGCAAUCCCUAUGGCCUGGCGGCCAUCAUGGCUGUUGUCAUUCUUCUUCUCAUGUGGGGCCGUGUCUUUGCUCCCCCUGCAUUGCUGCAGGCUACGAUGAUGGGCGGCGCAACUUGCAUUCUGGUAAUUGGAUAUAGCUAUGACGAUACACACAUUCCAUCCUAUGGAAAUCCCGGGGAAGGAUAUAGCGUUUUCUGGCGACGACUCGUGCUGGUGUUGGUAGGAUCUGCAGCAGCUCUUGUUGUUCAGAUAUUCCCUCGGCCUCCAUCCGCCGCACGCCAUAUCUGUAAAUCUUUGUCAAACUCUAUCCGAUCUCUCUCAGAUCAUUACGCAUUGCUUUUAACCUGUUGGGGCCAGCCCGGCCGAGAUGAAGGUCUGGUGGCCGAGCAGCUUGCCCUUGACCUUGCCGAAAUCCUCACCGCGCUUGACGGGCCCGUGGCCUUGCUUCGUCUUGAGUUUUCCAGCUCACCUUUUGAUAGUAAUACUCUGACACAAGUCAAGUCUCUCUGCCAAGAGCUCAAUCAGAACAUUGGCCGCUUGCUGUAUCUGUCAGCAUCCUUACCCGAGGAUCUCCAACACAGACUUGCAAGCCGGGCCGGGCUUCUUGAUCACAGAAACAUCGGUGAUGUCAUGGCAGUUCUGGGUAUUGUGGAACAGGCUUUGAAGACCGGAGAUCCCCUACCCGAAGUUCUUCCAACGCCUCUGCUGAAGCGUUGUUUCGAGUUUUGGCAGGCUCACCAAGUUGAAAUUUCUCUCAGUAAGGAUCUGAUUCGCGAUGAGAAUUACCGCCGCUUCUGCGUCGCUGUGAGCUCUUAUUUGAAGUUUUUGGGCGCGGUGGAUGACCUGGUGCUUGUGAUGAAGGGUACACUUGGCGAAUCACAUAUCGUGAGCCGAGAACUGGUGAAUGAUUUAAAUGUAUGA